AUGGAGCGGCAACGAUUAGAAAAAUUAUCUGUGAGUGAACUGCAAGACGAAGCCAAGCAAUAUGGGCUAAAUCCUCCGGGUGAUGCAUUGCGUUGUAUAGACAUGAUCAUGUCUCAUUUGGAGAGACAAGCCACGUCGGAUCUUCAGAAAAGAGAAACGCGUGCAGCCACUAAAAGUAAGGCGAUGCAAUCAACAGUCGCAGCGACGACGCCGACAGGAUCAUCCGAUCUAUCUCAAAUCUGUGCUUGGAUGGCAGAACAAAUGCGUAUCCAGCAGAAGGAUAAGCAAGAACAAAGGCGUUUCCAGCAAGAGCAAAUGCGUAUCCAGCAAGAGGAGAAGCAAGAACAGAGGCGCAUCCAGCAAGAGGAUAAGCAAGAACAAAGGCGUAUCCAGCAAGAACAAAUGCUUAUCCAGCAAGAAUUUCAACAAGAACAAGCUCGAAACCAGCAGGAACAGCAGCGUCAAAAUCAGGCUAUGAUGCAGCAGAUGAUUGAAUUAAUGAAUUCGUCUCGUGAGGACUCUCAAAAUAGAGUGCGUAAUGUGUCAAAUGAAGACAAUGUGGUGCGUGUGGAUUCCGGUGUAUCAGUUACACAUCGCCAGCCGAUCUCCUCGAUGGCAACCGCGCACGCAGUUAAAAUGUUGUCCGGUCAAAUUCCAGAAUUUGCUGGAACGGAUGAAGACAAUGUUGAAAUUUGGAUUCAAACUGGAGAACGUAUUGCUCAGAUCCAUGCCGUCACGGAAGAUGUGUUACUUUUGGCAGCUUCUGGAAGAUUAAUUAAAAAUGCGAAGAGAUGGUUUGAUCUUAACGUAACAACGUUAAUUGAAUCGUGGCAGAUAUUUAAGGAAGCCAUAAUACGCCGUUUUAAACGUGAAAUUUUAUUUCAUGUUGCGAUGCAAAAAGUUGAAGCAAGAAGAUGGAAUUACCAAAAAGAACAAUUUUAA